UGUGUGUGUGUGUGUGUCCACAGGUGGACACGCCCCCAUAUAGCCCCGCCCACAAAGUACCGUCACAUCGGCCUUUUAAAGUUUCAGAGUAACUUGAAUUUUUCACAGAAGCUGAAGAAGAAGAAGAAAAUGGCGGACUCCACCAGCAGCUGCUCUUCAUCAGCUAACGUCUCCUCAUCUUCAUCACUCAGACGUCUCACUCUCUCAGCCUUUCAGCUCGUUCACUGGAAGCAGCCGAAGAAGUCGGCUGCAGCGUUUGGCCUGUCGCUGUUGGUUCUUGUCUCCGUGGCAACACUGUCUGUCAUCAGCGUGGUGUCCUACCUGCUGCUCACCUGCCUUUGUGUCACAAUCACCUUCCGGGUUUAUAAGUCAGUGAUUCAGGCCGUCCAGAAAUCAGACGAAGGUCAUCCAUUCAGGUGUCUGUUGGACAGGGACAUCUCAGUGUCCUCAGAGUCGGUCCGUCAGUUGGCGGAUCAGGGUCUGAUCCACCUGAACUGGUUCAGCCGUGAGACCAGGAGGCUGCUGCUGGUCGAAGACCUGGUCGAUUCUCUGAAGCUGGCUGCUGUCAUGUGGCUGAUGACAUAUGUUGGUUCUGUGUUUAAUGGAGUCACCAUCUUAAUCCUCGCUGACGUCAUGUUCUUCACCGCUCCGCUGAUCUACCAGAAGAAAAAGGUACAAAUUGAUGACAUCAUAACAUCAGUUCGCUGCAGGUUUGACGAGAAGCUGCUGAAGCUGCAGAACGUUUUACCAGGAGCUGUGAAAAGAACCAAAUCUGAGUGACCUGCAGACACACCUGUGGUUCCGCCCUCUCCUCUGAUUGGUCCGUUUGUCAGUGACUCAGCUGCUGAAUUUACUUUGAACGUCUUUAAUAAAAAACAGAUUAAAAAAACA